CCUCACAAUUUGCCGUGCCAAAGUAAGAUGAGCCUCUUCCGCACCGUCGCCAAGGCCACGCCGCUCCUCCGCGCGCCGGGCCAGCAAGUCCGCCGCCUCAACCUCCAUGAGUACCAGUCGAUGGAGAUCAUGAAGUCGUUCGGCGUUGCGAUCCCGGCCUCGCUCCAUGCGACGACGCCGGCCGAGGCCGAGGCCGCCUACAACACGCUCAAGGGCGGCGACGCGACCAAGGACGUUGUCAUCAAGGCGCAGGCCUUGACGGGCGGUCGUGGCCUCGGCCACUUCAAGAACGGCUUCAAGGGUGGUGUGCACAUGUGCACCAAGCCGGAAGAUGCCAAGAACUUUGCCGAAAAGAUGCUUGGCGAGACGCUUGUCACCAAGCAGACGGGCGAGAAGGGCAUUGAAGUCGCCAAGGUCUUCUUGAUGGAGCGCGUCUACAUGCGUCGCGAAAUGUACUUUUCGAUCCUUAUGGACCGCGCCUCGAACGGCCCCGUGCUUGUCGCGUCGCCCGCCGGCGGUACCUCGAUCGAGGACGUUGCGCACGCGACGCCGGAAUUGAUCUUCAAGGAAGCCGUCAACAUCACGACGGGCCCUACCUCGGAGCAGCUCAACCGCCUCGCCGCCAACAUGGGUCUCUCGGGCGAGUCGCAGAAGCGCGGUGUCGAGCUCAUGAACAACUUGUACAACAUGUUCAUUGGCACGGACGCCACGCUCGUCGAAAUCAACCCGUUGGCCGAGACGCCGGAGGGCAACGUGUACGCUUGCGACGCCAAGAUCAACUUUGACGACAACGCGUCGUUCCGCCACAAGGACAUCUUUGCCAAGCGCGACAAGACGCAGGAGGACCCGCGUGAAGUCGAGGCCUCGGCGUAUGACCUCAACUACAUUGGCCUCGACGGCAACAUUGGCUGCCUCGUCAACGGCGCCGGCUUGGCCAUGGCCACGAUGGACAUCAUCUCGCUCUUUGGCGGCUCGCCGGCCAACUUUUUGGACGUCGGUGGUGGUGCGACCGAGUCGCAGGUCAAGAAGGCGUUUGAGAUUUUGAACGCCGACCCGCAGGUCAAGUCGAUCUUGGUCAACAUCUUCGGCGGUAUCAUGCGCUGCGACGUCAUCGCCGCCGGUGUCAUCGCCGCGGCCAAGGACCUCGGCAUGAAGAAGCCGAUCGUCAUCCGCCUCCAGGGCACCAACGUCGAGAAGGCCCGUCAGUUGAUCGAAAACAGCGGCUUCCGCAUGAUCGUCGCCAACGACUUGGACGACGCCGCCCAGAAGGCCGUCAAGAUCGCCGACAUUGUUGCCCAGGCCGAAGAGGUCCACGUCAACGUCAGCUUUGAGUUGCCUUUGUAAAUGUAAUGCAGAAUUGAUUACACACUC